UCGGACCUAUAUAGGUGCCAUCUGCCCUCGCUCUUUGACCUUCCUUCUUCCUCCUCUCCACUCAACACAGCCAUGCAGGGUAUCGUGCGUGCCGGUGCCAAAUUGGCCGCCCGCGCGCGCCCACCAUGUGUCGCCGCGUCUUCAAUGGCCCGCAGCAUGCCUCGAGCCCUUGCAACCACCACAAUCCGCCGCUACAGUGACCGCCCCGACAACCACGAUGCCUCCUCAAUGCGGUCGGCCUUUUUGAGCGUGCUCGGCAGCGUCAGUUCUCGCCGGGAAAUUGACCAAUACCUCGCCCAGUUCCGAUCCGUAUCCUCGCAACAAUUCGCCGUCGUCAAGGUUGGUGGUGCCGUUCUCACCGACCACAUUGAUACACUUUGCAAUGCUCUACAGCAUCUAUACGCCAUGGGCCUAUACCCCAUUAUCGUUCACGGUGCAGGGCCUCAGAUGAACAAACUACUUCAAGACGCCGGCGUGGAGCCAGAGUUUAUCGAUGGCAUCCGUGUCACCGACAAGAAGACCUUGGGCGUUGCUCGCAAGCUGUUCCUCAAGACAAACAUGGACCUGGUUAUGCGCCUCAGGGUGGAUUACAACAUUCCCGCCCGUCCCAUCACCGCCGGUGUUCUCCAGGCCGAUUACCGUGACAAGGAAAAGUGGAAGUACGUCGGAGACAUCACCAGCAUCGAUUCCGCUCCCAUCAUUGACGCCCUUAAAGCCAAGCAACUUCCCAUCAUUUGCUCCAUGGCCGAGACCGAAGACGGUCAGAUCUUGAACGUCAAUGCAGACGUCGCCGCUGGAGAGCUGGCCAGAGCCUUGGAGCCAUUGAAGAUUGUAUAUCUUUCCGAGAAGGGAGGUCUAGUCCACGGCGAGACUGGCAAGCUCAUCUCCACCAUUAACUUGGACGAAGAGUACGACACCCUCAUGCAACAAUCGUGGGUCAAAUUUGGCACCAAACUCAAGAUUGUCGAAGUCAAGAAGCUCCUCGACGACCUUCCCAAGACAUCCAGCGUCGCCAUCAUCCACCCGCAAUAUCUCGAAAAGGAAUUGUUCACUCACACUGGCGGCGGCACCUUGAUCCGCAAAGGCGAGAGUAUCCAGAGUGCUACCAAGCUGGAAGACAUUGAAGACAUCCGAGGCCUGCGAGAAGCUCUGCUCCGGGACCGCGAAAGUCUGGAUUCUGGCGAUGUGAUUGACCGCUUCUUGAACAGCCUCAAGGACCGCCAAUUUGAAGCAUUCUACGACAACACCAUGGGCGCCGUGGCCGUUGUUUUCCCUCCAUCCAGUGAAUCCGGUUUCGCACAACUCGCAACCUUUACCACCUCCAAGGACGCUUUCCUGACCAACAUUGCGGACAACAUCUUCGAGCGCAUGAAAAAGAAGUACCCCAAGAUGUACUGGACUGUCGAGACCUCGGACGAGAACCUUGGUUGGUUCAAGGAGAAGGCGGACGGGACGCUUCGUCGCGGAAAGGAGAACUUCUGCUUCUGGGGAUCCGCCAACCAGGAUGAGGCCUUUUCUCUGAUGAGCGAAUUCUCCCAGCAAGGAAAGGCCAUGUUCGGCAACCAAAACCUCGAGUCUCAGCUCAGAAGGGCAGCUGACUAUGCUGCGAGUCUGAAGCACGGCCAACAAGCCCGCGCGUACUCGACCAUGACCCCGGGAUUGAGGACUAUGAGACAGUCGGUUAGGCCAAGCAUCAGGCCCAGCAUGAAGGCAACUGCUUCUCGCGGUUUUGCCACCAGUGCUUCACGAUCUAUCGAGGACACUAACCCCAACCCGCCAUACGGCCUCAAGUUCAAGAGCAAAGACUGGCCUUCCAAGAUUGCUUUGAUCGGCGCUCGUGGUUACACUGGUCAAGCUCUUAUUGAUUUGCUGAACCGUCAUCCCAAUAUGGACCUUCGACAUGUUUCGUCGCGUGAGCUCGCUGGCAAGAAGCUCGAGGGAUACACUAAGCGCAACAUCACGUAUGAAAACCUUAGUCCCGAGGAUGUCUCGAAGAUGGCUGAGAAGGGUGAGGUCGACUGCUGGGUCAUGGCCCUCCCCAAUGGUGUUUGCAAACCUUUUGUAGACGCCAUCAACGACGCUGGAAAACCGGAUUCCGUCAUUGUGGAUCUCAGCGCCGACUACCGAUUCGACUCGUCUUGGACAUAUGGUCUUCCCGAGCUUGUCGAUCGCCGAAAAAUCUCUGAUGCUACACGGAUAGCAAACCCCGGUUGCUACGCCACUGCUGCUCAACUGGGCAUUGCGCCUCUGCUUGAGUUCAUCGGCGGCCAGCCUACCGUAUUUGGUGUUUCCGGAUACUCUGGCGCUGGAACCAAGCCUAGCCCCAAGAACGACGUCAAGAAUCUCGAAAACAACAUCAUCCCCUACAGUCUGGUUGAUCACAUUCACGAGAAGGAAAUUUCAGCACAGCUCGGAUCCGAAAUCGCUUUCAUUCCUCACGUGGCUGUAUGGUUCCAGGGCAUCCACCACACCAUCUCUAUCCCACUCAACCGCACUAUGACCUCGCGAGAUAUACGCAACAUCUACCAGGACCGUUAUGCAGGUGAGAAACUUGUCAAGGUUGUGGGCGAGUCGCCUUUGGUCAAGAACAUCUCAGGCAAGCACGGCGUUGAGAUUGGUGGUUUCGCAGUGCAUAGCUCGGGUAAGCGUGUGGUCGUCAAUGCAACGAUUGAUAACCUACUCAAGGGUGCCGCGACACAGUGUCUGCAGAACAUGAAUCUUGCACUAGGCUACGGCGAGUACGAAGGUAUCCCUUAUUAAGUGAGCUGAGCAUGUCAUCUUUCCUUUUCCUACUUCGGGUGAACCUCGGUUGAACUGGUUCCUUCUAUUGCUCCUUCCUAUCUCUUAUGAAGUCUCGCGACCUCAUAGUUUGUACUCUAUGUAUGUAUGGCAGGGGUUGCAGGGGAGGGGAUGAGAGCCCCGAAAAGUUGUGGAUGUGGACACGGAUUGGGCAUUAUGGGUGGGCAUGAGAGGGGAGCAGUGGAGAGAGCUCACAAAAGAUAUAAAAAACAGGGCAGAAUUUCGACUUUUUUUUUCAUGAAUGUGUUUUCACUUUGCUUCUCUAUAAUGUGACUGUUAACGAAGAGAGUAAGAGAAGAGAGUAAGAGAAGAGAGUAAGAAAAGAGAGUAAGAGAAGAGAGUAAGAGAAGAAAGACCAAACAAUUAGCACACAAACAUCUAAUAAACAAGACUAAACAAAAAAGACAAAACAA